UCCUAAAAUAUUUUUCACAUAUGAUAAACUGACAUAACCUCUAACAAUAACCCAAAACAUUGUUGUUUUAGUAAAGUGUAAGACCUCGUUGUCGAUUGUUGUUUUAAAAUGAAAGUGACGAAAUCUAAAAAUGUUAAUAUUCCUUCCACGAAAGAAGUGGAUGUUAAGAAGGUUAGUAAGAACAAAUCAAAGCCAAAAUUUAGAGGAACACCUGAUAUGAAUCCUUCUGUAAAGGCAAUAAAGAAAAAGAAACGAGGCCUAAAAUUAAGUCAAACUAUCAAUAAACCUCUUCUAAAUAAGAGUAUUGAAAUUAAUUGCACAGCUACUAAGUACACCAAGUUCAUAAAGAACUUUCUCGAACCAAAUGAUGUUAAGAUGGUUGGUGAUUACAAUGAGAUAGAGUGUUUAGAUGAUUUCUUGGAUGAGGCUGAGUGUUCUAUGAAUGAAAGUAAAAAUGAUGUAGCCUCAAAGCCAAUAAACAUUAACAAAUGCAUAAAUUUCCUUGAGGAAAAUUCCUUUGACAAUGAUGAUGAUGAUGAAGAAGAAGAAGAUGAAAAUGUUAUUGACAAUGAUGAUGAUAAGAGCUUUGAUGAGCAAGAGAUUGUUAUCAAAGGAGGCAAUAGAACUAUCACUGGUAAUUAUGAGACAUGGGCAAUAACCAAUGGCAGAGUAAUCAGGCUGGACAUGAGCUCUAUAAUAUACUUCCAUGGGUUGAUGGAAAUUGAGGUGGUCUAUGGAGCCAUUGAGAUAUUCUGCAAGAGGCUGGAUAAAUUAUCACCUGCCACAAAGGCAUUUUCACCAAGAGGCUCUUGCUUCUUGGAUAUUUCAAAUAGGAACGAGAAUGACGAAAUUGUUCAUAGAGAUUUCGUGAAUAAAUUAAUUAAAGCCGGUUUGGAACGCAGCACUGCUGACAGAUUAAGAUCCACCCUGAAACAGGGCAUGGCUUUAAUCAUCUGCAAAAAGAUCAAGAACAAAUGGGUGUCAUUCCUCAAUGAUUAUAAUGAACAUUAUGUAUUCCCUAAGGAGGUGUCUAUUAGGGAUUAUGUGGACAAUGAAUGGAAUUAUUUCAAAAUCAAUGAUGAUUGGAAAUUAAUUACUGAAAGUUUUAAUGAGAACAGUAAAGUCAUGUUGUGUGGAGGCAAAGGCGUUGGCAAGAGCACAAUUCUUAGGGUUUUAAUCAACAAGCUGCUGGCAGAGCAUCAGAAAAUUCUUGUCUUGGAUUUGGACCCUGGACAGCCAGAGUUUACAGUUCCUGGAUGCGUUUCAGCUACAAUUGUUCAGACACCAUUAAUUGGACCUAAUUACACACAUCUUCAAAAACCUGAAAGGUGUAUAUUUGUUCCUUAUAUCGAUAUUGGCAUCAAUAGCAUUGCAUUUUUAAAAUGCGUGCAAGAAUUACUAAAAGUGUCGGCCGACUUAAAACUGCCAACUUUUAUCAAUCUAAUGGGAAUGACUGAUGGUUUAGGAAUUAACUUAUUGUCGUCUAUCAUCGCCGAAGUUCAACCGACGCAGGUUGUUCAAAUUUACAGCGAUCAUAGACCCAAGAACUUCAAGGAGGAUUUAACUAUCGACUGUGUGAAGAGGAAUAGAAUACUGCUUACACCAGAAAACAGCAAUGAGCUCAGUUUCAAUUAUUUAAAGAUAAAAUCGGUUUGUACCGACUUGAACAAUGGAGAUCUAAUGCCUAGGAAUAUUCGCGAGCUUUGCAUUCUAUCUUAUUUCAGUCAAAUGAUGCCUAACCAUUGCAAUCAUCUAACUGAGAGAGACGUUAAAAUUUAUAGGUCCGAUUUAUCUGAAGUUAAAAUAAUUCAUGAUGGAAAGGAAUGUAAUCCGAUGACAGUAAAUGCAACACUUGUGGGUCUUUGUUCUGUUGCCAACGAGGAACACAAAAUUUACAAUUGCCACGGCUGGGGUAUUGUUAGAGGAAUUUCAAAGGAAUUGAAUAUUAUUACAUUGCUGGCACCUUUGGAUGAAACUGAGAUGGAAGCUGUUGAUCAUUUAAUAUUAGGUUCUGUGGUGCUUCCACCUGCUUUAUACUUGAAGCAAGACAAUAGGAUCGAGGGAUUAAUACCAUACGUUUAUAAAGGAGCUUUAAGUAUUAUAUCAAAACCGCCAAAGAGACAUAUUGGUACGAAAAAGUCUGAUUGACUUUUAUAUAUUUAUUGAUUACUCUAUAUAUAUAUACUAA